UCACAUCAUUAUAGAGAAAAAUCAUGUUAAAGCAGGUCACCCUCUGCUCCAAAUGGUGUCCUUAAUUCUAUUAUGGUUUAAUGAAAAUAUCAUUAAGUAUAAGUGAAUAGAUGCUGUAUUCGCACUUUGGGAGUCGCUGAUAUUCUGGGUAAAAACAGGACUGGUGUUUGCUUCCUUUUUUAACUCAAUUCUGUUUAAUUAAGCCGAAAGAUCUAUCGCUUGGGCAUAUUUACUACUUGAUGUUUGGUGUAUAAAUGUAGGUCAGCCUUGAAGUAACAGAUAAACAUAUAAAGUAUCUCGAGGCCUUCAUGUAAUAAGUCAUCCUACUUGUUCAUAACUACGUGACUUAACUGACUACCAUGACCCAAAUUCACUACAUAUUUAAUAACGUAACACAACUUGUUAUUCUAUAUGGAUUAGAGACCUAUAUGAAAUAGGUAGUUUAUUCAGUUUCAGCCAUGAAUUACAUUUUGUUGGCGACCUGUCUAGCUGUGUUUAGUGGGCACGUGGCCGGAGCUUACGAGGUGUGCAACAAUAAGACAGUUGAUCCGGCAUGGUAUAAGUGUGACAAAACCUAUUUCGUAACAGAGAUAAAGGAUGAGGCUUCAAUGAAAAAAAUGUGCCAAAAUGUUGAAUGCCUGGUGAAAUGCAAAAAGGAUGCAGUGGGUGACUGUGACAAGCGCGAGGAAUUUCGCGAACACCUGCUAAUUUACGAUCCGGAGAAGUGGAAGGUCUAUUUAAGAUUUACCUGCUCAAAUCUUGAGUCGGUAAUGCAGCAGUUUGAUGGAGGCUGUGAAGAGAGCAAUGUCUGUGGUGCUGAAAGCAUUGGGAAGAAUUUCAAUCCUGUGGAAAGAAAACAAACAAGCUUUUUGCAGGGGAGUACCUCAGGGACAUGUACAACUGUGCUUUCACUUCAAGCUAUUAGUUCCGUCAUAUUUUAUUGGAUGUUCCUCCAGUUCAGAAGCAUAUAGUAGAAUAUAUAUACAAUGCCUUAAAUUUCGAUGCCAUAAAUUUGAAGGCAAUAUGGGUCAUUGCGAUGUAAGUCAUUAUGGAGUUAUAAUACGAGAUAAAUAUAUUGAUUUGAAUAAUUAGCAUGGCUCCAAUAUAUAAGGGAAAAGCCACGAAUAAUAUAUCAGAGACUCUCUGAAAAAAGAUCGGCAACGUUUUGGAAUUAGGGACUUUAGCUCAAAACAUUUUGUGGAAACUAUGCCUAUAAACAAAUUACCUCUAAACAAUAUGAUAUACAGUCGAAACUCGGUAUCUCAAACUCGCUUACCUCAAAUUUCCGCUUAAGUCGAACAAAUUUUCAAGUCCCGUCAAAUUCCCUUCUUUAUUUAUGUCAUUCAACUCCGGUUACGUCAAAAUUUGACUUAUUGAGACUAAGGGUGUCUCGAAAGGGAUAUUUAGUCCCGUCAAUAAAAUUCAAAAUUCUUGUAAACUCGGUAAGUCGAAAUGAGAAAAUAUGCGAUAAAAUUUCACACAUCUCAUUGUGAAUGUGGCUGGUUUUUAACACAUGUCUAUGUUAAUUGCCUAACCAGAAAGUCGUGAUGCUGACAUAUCAAAGAUGCGGCGAUUAUCAAAGUGAGAUAAUGUUAUACUUAUUUGCACGUGCCAUAAUGAUAAUUGUUCGAAGUAAACAUUAGAUUUCUUUAAUUAGCGGUCAUUUGGUUUUGAGACGUUAUGAAAUUUGCAUUUAAUUUAAACUAAUUAAUUAAUUAGUUUGUACAGUCAGGAUCUUAAAUAAAGAUUAAUAAGAUGUAAUUGCGAUGAGACUAUAUAAAAACUUAACUUUUUGGAGGAAAGCAUCAUUCGUUCAAAAUGUCAGAUCGAAAUGCUGUCAAUCUUCCGGGAGAGAAACGUUGUACGAAAAGGAAACUUGACUUGAGUUUUGUAUCAUUUUAUUCUUCGAAAAACUGAAAAUUUUGAUACACACAAACUGAACGGAAUAGUGUGCGCGUAAAGAACGAACCGACAGCGUAUUUUUUAUUAAAUCUCUUAGCAACUUAAGCAAUUUAUUUUUACAUCAUUUCGUCCAUGUAUGUUCCUCCUCACAACUCGAAUUUCGGUUAUCUCGAAAUAAAAAGCACGGUCCCUUGAAAUUCGAGAUACCGAAUUUCGACUGUAUAUGAUUUUAAUGGUCAUGGAAUUUUCAUUUUUGUUUUCUUUAAAACAAUGGCUAAUUGUAUGAUGUAUCCAAUAACAGAUAUUGUGAUAAAGUCCGUAAGGUAUAUAAUAGCAGAUAUUUGGAUAAAAGCGGGUGAGGUGUGUGUACCGCUGUAUAUAAUAGCAGAUAUUUGGAUAAAGCGCGUGAGAUAUAUGUACCGCUUUAUACAAUAGCAGAUAUUUGAACAAAGCGAGUGAGGUGUAUGUACCGCUGUAUACAAUAGCAGAUAUUUGAACAAAGCGAGUGAGGUGUAUGUACCGCUGUAUACAAUAGCAGAUAUUUGAACAAAGCGAGUGAGGUGUAUGUACCGCUGUAUACAAUAGCAGAUAUUUGGACAAAGCGAGUGAGGUGUAAGCACUGAAUAUUUCGCCUACAUUUUGCUAAAAGUAAAUUGUAUUCUAACUCAUGAGUUUCCCUUCAAUACACAGGUAUAUCAAAACAUAACUGAAUUUAGUGACUAAUACAAUACAAAAUCUUAUCAAAAUAGCUAACCUGCAAUUGAAAUAUUUGCCUUUGGGUCAAAAAUAUUAUUUGUUUAACUCCUAUCAACCUAGCUGACAUUUUUCUUGUGAUUUGGACUGUACGGAACAAAGAGCAUUUCUGACGGCGCAAAUAUAAAGUUUAUAUUACAUCGUUAUUGAGGUCACGCUAUUUGUCAAAAUAAUAACUGUCUGUUACGCUCAUUUGCUUAGGAUACAUAUAUUUCAAAUUAAAAAAUAAUAUAUACAUCUAUGUUUCUUGCAUAGCGAACGCGAGUUUCCGAUGUUAUCAUCGGUGCUGGAAAACUCCAUUUUUCACCCCGGGGUGUAAGAUGACUAGCAUACUGUAAAUGACGUAUAACUUUUUUACUUAAAACCGGAUAAAAAUUAAAUACCUUGAUAGAACUUCUUUUGUAGGUAUACUGACGUCAUUUUAUGUAUUACUAAAAGGCAUAACAUUAUGCUGCAUAUGAUAAAACAAGAUUGAAUCGUACGUUGUUGUUUGCCUUUUAAACCUCAUGAUGUCUUCCCUGUAAAAAUGCCCGCGCUUUUUAGAUGCGCUAUUAAACGAAGAUAAUGUUUUAAUACUACUUAUUAAAUGGCAGUGCCUAUGUUUCAUUUUGUGCCAUUUUUAUUCUGCAUUAACCACAAAUAACAGAGAUAUGACGGGUCAUCAUCUGUAUGGUUGUCAUCUCCAAAAAUGAAAGAUUGUCAUGGAAACAUUUAUAACUUAUUGUUCAAAGGUGUUUUUCAAGGGAAACUUUUUUUUUAUUUUCACACAGUUGGUUCUGCUAAACUAUUUGGAACAUAUGAAAAAUUGUCUAGGUUUGGGAGACUUCACUGGUACCCGAGCUAUAAAUACCUUUGGAAAUUAUCGAUUCUGGAAUUACUGGGAUUACUGUUUGCUCGGUCCUUCAGCAGAGCCUCGUUACCACCGUAACAAUUGAGACAAAUGAAUACAAUAAUAAAACUAUAAAAGUAAUAAACGGACACAAACACAGCAGAGUAACGCCUUGGAAGUUUUCAACUUUGUUUCUUAAUUAUGAGAUAUUUAUAUAAGUCAUGUAUCACAAUCUUUUCUUUUGAUGUCUGUACGUAUUUAUAUGUUAGUCGGCACACAGACGUUUUGAACACCACCCUAUAUAUUACUGAUUUUUCACACCGCCCUUUAUCAUAUUUUUGCACACCACCCUAUAUCAUAAUUAUCAUCUUAUAGCACAUUUAUUGCAUACCUCCCUAUAUAAAUAUUUUUUGCAGACAAGUCUAUCACCUUAAUAUAACAUUGUCAAAUAAUAGCAUUUUCUUUCUUUGCAGUUUACAAUAUUGAUAAUGAUGUAUUAUUCUAUAGCUAUUGUAAUAUGUGGGGCUGUUAUACACUAUAAUGUGACAGAGUUUAUACAGAAACUGUUGUCAGAUUGGAAAAUUAUAUAAUGAUACCUUUAGAGACGAAAAACAAACUGUUUUCAUGAUGGUAACUAUAAAUGAUUUUCAUGAAGUAUUUUGUUCUUAUAACUACGUAUUAAUAGGGGCGUAUGAAUUCAUGUUUCAUUAUGGACUGUUCUUGGUACAUGAAGUUGCGUGCAAAUGCAUCAGAUUUUGUUUCUAUACGUUUGUACAGGUAUAAUCUACAAUUAACAAUAACUCAGAAAGGACAUUAAAUUAUCCAACUGUCGUCUACCAAAGGCUUUCUUAAGAGGGCAUCUCUUUCUACUGCGAAUGCUUGUUUGUGUCAACCUUUUUAAUGCUCACAAAGCAUUAACCAACCUAUAUUAUUUAUCUAUUAAAUGACAAGCCGGACAUCAAAAUACCAUAUUAAAUUGAUGGUUUCAAGGCAGCAAUAAAU